AAGCCCUCCCACCCCCAUCGCCAAGACUCAUCAAACGUCCCUCCACCUCUCCAAUGCCAAGUCGCUCUGGUUCAACUACACCUAUCAACUUGCGGAAGAAAGCUGUUUUGCCAACUGAUUACCAAGACACAGUUCCCGGGGAGUUUGAAGAAAAAGUCAAGCAACCAAGAUCUCUGUCUCAGAGUAACCCCCAUGAGUCACGAUCUCAGACUCCACUGAGCGAGUACUCCAGGAAAGAGUUCAAUCUCAGACCGUCCCCAAAGCUUACGAGGGCGAGCUCAAAGGUUUUUGAGAAGGUCCGUGGUUUAGAAGAGCGGAGAAGAAGCCUUGAUAUUCCAGAGGGUUCGAUCUCUGCAGGAUCCUGGGCAGGCUUCAAUCGCGCGGGAUCUGUAGAUUCAGAUGAUGGGGGAAGUCGAUUGGGUAUCUCUAGAGAAAGUUCAAGGGAAGAUCUGAGGGAGGCUUUGAAAGAGGAUGCCGCUGAGCGGAGAUCUAUGUUUCGACAGAGAGCUGCUUCCCUCGAGGACAAACCUCGCAUCACCCAAAAAGUUCAAGACAUUGAGAACAAGUUCACUGAGGAGCUCCAGCGCAUUAAGAAACUAGUGGGUAGACCUCAUAUGAAGAAGUCGUUCUCAACUGAACAGCUCACCCUAAAGAGCAAACAGCGCCAGCCGUUCAGGAAAAUCGAACCUAUUCCACCACAAGUCCUUCAGAAGCUCCAAGAAAGGGAGCGUGCCCAGUGGGCAAAGGAACAGAAAGAGAAGGAACACAGUUCUCAACCAAUUCAGCAACAACAAAAGAUAGCAAGAACAGGUUCAACUUCUGUAACCAUCAGUAGAUUUGGAGAAGUUGCAGGCACCCCAGAGUCCAUGCAGUUAUCUGACUUACCAGGACAACGAUCAGUCAGAGAAUUAAGUAGAGUCAGUCCAGUAACGGAAAUAGUUCAGAGAUCAUCGUCACCAUCAUUAUAUCAUCAACAAAGGGUAGAGUCGCCGUUUCGCAAGGUUGAACGAAGGCCACCUAGUCCACUCGUACAAAGAGUGUCUCGAUUGCAAGAAUCCCCGCUCUUCCAAGAAUCUCUCGGGUCUCAAAAAGAUGAGACUUCAGAGAGAAAGACGCCAAUUGAGGUCGCAUUGAGAAGAAUUGAAAACAGACCUGAAAGCCCACUGGUGGAAAAAAGAGUCGACAUUGUGGAAGAGCUCUCUCUUCAACCUCCUUUGAAACCCCCGAGGAUGUCCCCAGUUACUCCAACGGAGAACAGAAUGGAAGUGGAUCCAGCUAAAACUGCCAUAAAGAUGCGAAUCCCCGCCAUUAUUGUUGAAGAUGAAAAGAUGGAUGUGGAUGUUCCUGUGAAGACAAGUGAGCCUCAGCAGAUCACUGCUAGUGGCAAAGAGGGACGACAGACGAAGACCAAAGGGAAGAACCGUCGCACUCGACCCUUGUCUCCAGAGUUAGACUCUUCAGAUGAUUCUUACGUGUCUGCUGAAGAAGACCCAAUGGAGGCCCCCGUAUUUGAGUUUCCCCUGCAGGACACUGUAGCAUCUGCUGGUGCAGAUGUGCUAUUAAGAUGCAUCAUUGCUGGCACCCCAAUUCCUGAAGUUACCUGGACGAAAGAGAAUACGGAAAUCGCCGGCAUUGCAAAUUACAUGGUGAAAGUGGAGGGGGAAAGACAUACUCUGCUCAUCAAAUCAGCUCAAAUGAGUGAUGGUGGGAAGUACUGUGUGACUGCUGUUAAUCAGACAGGCAGAGCGACCAGCAGCGCCGUCCUUCUAAUCAAAGCAGAGUCUGCACAGGAGCCAAGGGGCAACCUGGGCUUGCCUCGGGAUAUCAGCAGCCCUAUCACAUCAGAUGAGGAGUAUCUCAGUCCCCUGGAGGAAGGCAUGGAUUUUGGAGGGCCGGAGCUCAGGAAAACUAUUGACACACGAUUCAGGAAACCCCCUGCAUUCCUGGUAACGAUGUGUGAUCAAGCUGUUAUUGAAGGACAGGGAGUCACCAUGUCUGUCCGAAUGAGUGGACAACCCAAACCCAUGCUCUAUUGGCUGAGGGACAGAGUCACAGUAAAAACAGGCCCACGCCACAUUGUACGAGAGACAGAAGACGGCAAUUUCGAGAUGACCAUCAAGUCGGCUGUGAAAUCGGACUCUGGGAUUUACACCUGUAAGAUCAUUAAUGAGUAUGGGACGAAGCAGUGUGAAGGAAGGCUCGAGGUAAAAGCUCCACCAGUUGAGCCAGGCUUGGCUGUCAUCCGCCCGGUCAGAGACAUCACUGCCAAGGCCGGGGAGACGGUUCUGUUCGAGUGUCAUGUCAUCGGACCCAAGGACACUGACGUGGACUGGCUCUCCGACGGGAAACUGAUCCAGCCCGCAUUGCUCAACUGUAAGAUGCACUUUGAUGGAAGAAAGUGCCGGCUGCUGCUCAACUCCGUACACGAGGACGACAGCGGCACAUACAUGUGCAAACUCAGCACUGCUAAAGAGGAAGUGACUUCAUGUGGCAAACUCAAAGUCAUCCCUUCAAUUGAGCCUCUCUUCACCCGUAAGUUGGACAUUCUGGAAGUGAUCGAGGGGCGUAAUGCUCGAUUUGACUGCAAAGUCAGCGGGACGCCGCCCCCUAAGGUCAUCUGGAGCCACUUUGACCAUCCGCUGACAGAAAGUGAAGACGUUAGAAUUCUUCGGGAAGGCGGUCGCCACUCUCUGUUCAUUUCUCAUGUGACCAAUGAGGAUGAGGGUUUUUACACCGUCAUAGCCCGUAACAACCACGGAGAGGCAGAGAGCUCAGCCGAACUUUACAUACAAGAACCGCGGCCCGCUAUCUCCUCACAGAUGGCUAAACUGGAGAAGAUGCCAUCGAUCCCGGAGGAGCCCGAGGUCCCGGAGAAUGAGGUGGAGCGUUUCACGAUGCCGGACUUCAUCAAACCGCUUUACGACCUGGACGUGAUCGAGGGGAAGGAGGCGGUGCUGAAAUGUAAAGUGGCUGGUUUGCCGUACCCCACCAUCGUCUGGUUUCACAACGGCAAACGGAUUGAGAGCACCGAGGACAGAAAGAUGACACAGUUUCGUGACGUCCACAGCCUGGUCAUCCGCUCCGUGUGCCACGCCCACGGCGGAGUCUACAAGAGUGUCAUCUCUAACAAAGUCGGCAAGGCCACCUGCUACGCUCAUCUCUAUGUCACAGAUAUACUCCCUGACCCUCCGGAUGGCACUCCAGUGAUCGAGUCCAUCACCGGGAAAACCAUCACCUUAAGCUGGAAGAAACCAAGGAGGCUGGACCCUUCCAUCGAUCCCAUCUCCCUGAUGUAUGCCAUCCAACAGCAAGCCCUGGGCUCCAUCCAGUGGACCAUCAUAGCUUCUGGCCUGAAGGAGACCACCUACAUCAUCAGCACCCUCUCCAAAGGGGUGCGCUAUGCCUUCAGGGUCCUGACCAUCACCUCCAAAGCCUUCAGCAAACCUUCCCCCAGCACCGACUCGGUGCAGCUCCUGGACCGAGGCCCAUACCUCCAGGAGGCUCCAGUGAUCAUUGAUAAGCCAGACAUUGUGUAUGUGAUGGAAAAUCAGUCCGUCGCCAUCACUGUGACCCUCAAUCAUGUCAACGCUGCCGUCCUCUGGAAGAGGAGGGGAGCGGUCCUCUCCAGCAAGCCAGGCCUGUACGAGAUGACCAUGCCAGAUGAUGACCAGCAAACGCUGAAGCUGCUUAAAGUGAAGAGUGCUGACAUCGGAGAGAUGAUGUUCGUGGCCUCCAACGACUUCGGCAGUGAGAGCUGCACCUUCAACGUGGAGCUGAACCAUGAGUUUGUGGACGAGCAGUAUUACCAGCAGAGCUACCUGGAGGCGGGGCUUCAGAACUACCCUUCUCGAAGCCCCUCCCUCUCCAGCCAAGAUGGCGUGACGGGCACCUGCUGCAGCCGCCGAAGCAAGAAGCACCACACCCCUUUACAGAACACCAGUGCCCCUGCGCUCAUGCAGCCUCUGACACACAAACACACACACCAACAAGGCCUGCAGGAGCUCAGCACCAUCCACAUCCGGCCCCUCAGCACCAGCCGCUCCAGUCUGAACAUGCGAGUAGACGAGCCAGCCUCCCUGAACUGCCAGAGCAACCAGAUCACCACAGCCAUAAUCAGCAUUCCCACACCGCCAGUGACGACUCCUGAUGGCGAUCUGACCCACCAGAACGUUGUGAAGGUGUCCACACUGUGAAGACUAGAGUGCAGGAGCCUCACAUAGAAAGACAUUAAAAAGACUCAUUGAGACAGACUGAGGGACAGAGGAGGACUGGGAGCGAUGGAGGAAAGGCAUUCAGAGUCCAAGUUUGGCCGUGGUGGAGCCUGCCCUCUGCUGGUCAUGUACUGUAACGACAUGGACUGCCUGAACACACAGAGGACGGCUUUUAGAUACAGUGUAUUCAUGUCAUUGGUUGGCACGCAUGUGUGUGUGCGUGUAUGUGUGGGUGAAAGAGAGGUGAAAAUGUGUAUGGAGACGUUUUGGAUGAGGAGACGUGUGAGAGCGUGUCUCCCAAGUAUCGGAGGUGGGCAAGGCAUGUCACUGUGCACACAGCACCUUUUUAUGAUUUCUGCUUCAGUUUGACUCAUGGUCUAUUUUUAGCAGGAGAUAUAUAUAUAUAUGUAAGAAAAAAUUAUACUUUAUCAAAGCCUUUUUCCACAGAUUUAACCUUGCCCUAUUUUCUUUAUUCAUUUUGGUCCACUCACCUGUUAGAUAGAUAAGGUAAAUAUUCCUUUUCAGGUCCGAAAUUAUUCCACCUGAGUAAAAAUCCUUUAAAAGAAGAAAUAUGGUAGGUGGUGGUCUGUGAGGCGUUACCAAUGAGUUUCAUAUUUGUGAAUGAGUGUAUGUGACUUUUUGCUAGAUAGAGGAAUUGUGAUGUUUUGGAUAGAAGGCACAUGUGCCUGUGUGUGUGUGUGUGUGUGUGUGUGUGUGUGUGUGUGUGUGUGUGUGUGUGUGUGUGUGUGUGUGUGUGUGUGUGAGACUGUGUUUGUCUCAGUUGAUUGAACUUGUGUUUCAAUUCUCCUGGAAAUUAUGGCUCAGUAUAUGGUAUAUUUGAUUAGCUGCCAUUCUGAAGGGUCCAUUGUACACAUUUAUUUCCGAAAUUCUCAGCUACAAGGCUUUUACACAAAAUGUGCCUGUUGGUGGAGUAAAAAGAGAUGUAUUUGUUUUAUAGUUUUGUGAAUUCCCCCCUCCUUCCCCAUUAUUUACGUUCUCCAUUUUGGCUGCUACAGCCCUACAGACCUCAACUAACUAAAUUCUCUAACAAAGAAACCAAAACCAAAAGUACAUUUUGAAUUAAAAUCACUUCUAAUAAAAGCACAAGGCGUUUGCUGAGAAUUUCUGAUAGGAAUGUGUCCUCUGCCCAGGUUCUUUGUGAAUAUUGUUAAUAGAAUAUUUUGUAAUAUUUGAACAUUGUUUGGCAGAACCAGUGAAGCUGUCUUCUUGUUCUCUUUCUCCCUCAGUCUGUCUUUCUCUUUUCCUCACUCUCCUCUCUCACUCUUUCUUGUUGUUGUCCUGUUGUAUCCUUACCUCCUGUGUGAACAACAGUAUGCUUUCAAUAGUCUUUAUAGCUGUCAACGUUCUUUCUUCCCUAAACUCAGCGGGCAUUUUUAAAAGUUGUUGAGUAUGUGUACUCUAUGUGGUUAGGAAACUUGGUGUUUGUACUUUUUGUCCUCCUUGGUGUUUCAAAGGAUUUUAUUUACUUUCUCUUCUGGAUAACUGAAAACAGGAAAGCCUGCUGUAACAGAGACACAGAGGACACAGGAUGAGCCAUCCACAGAUCUCUGCCACCAAAAACAUUUGCUAUUCUGUCUGUUCUCUCGACUCACAGCCCAAACAUUUAACUUUAGAAUUACCCGUCAUCAAAUCCUAUCAAAGUUGAUCUUUGUAAAUAUGGACGGUGAUGUUUUUUUCUGUUAACCUGCUAUCUGGUACCUUCCUGUUGGCUUUUUUUUUUAUCUUGAAUGUCAUUCAGAAGCUACACAGACAGUCAGGUCUGGUUUUAGGUGGAUGAUAUCACUGGUGUGGUUUCUCCAAGGCCGGGUGGAGCAGCUUCAGUCACAGCAGACUAAGCCCCCACUGCUCCGCAUAGAUGAAAUAAAAUGUUAACGAAGAGCACACAGACAGGGCUAGAAAUGCAUAAGAGUGUAUUUUUCAUAACAGCCAAGAGCAUAUUUCAAAAAGCAAUACAGGAAUUGGUCCAAUAUUAUGUCUGCCCACAUGUAGCUGUUGUCAAACAUUUGUUUGUUUUUUCUGUUUAAGUGGACAAAAAACUGUCAAACUAGCAGCAAAAUGUAUAAUGAUCUUUUGAAAAGUGUAUUUAAUCAUCUUAAUAUGGAGCCAUCUCAAAAGCUUAACCAAUGUAAUACAUGCAUUUGUGCUAAGACUUACAAAAAAGACAUUUAGUUAUAUAAAUAUUAGACCUUAUGGGUGAAAUUAUAUAGCAUAAUUGGUAGCCUAUCAGUGCAUAAUUACACAAGACCCUGAAGUCCCUUAGACUCCUGUUGUGCUUUAGUUCCCUCUGAUCCAAAUGUUAGUACCCCCCCCCAAAAAAAAGAAGCCAAACAUAUUCAACCUCUGAUAUUCCUAUGAGAGAACUAGUACUAUUGCUGGUCAUUGUAUUACUGAAACAGUGACACCAGCUGCCUAGAUCCAUUUAUAGAGUGUAGUCAAUCUGUCCACAAAUUUACCUUGGAAAAAAAAGAAGACAAGCACAGACACACAGAGCUUUUUCACUGUAAUUGUAAAAGAGGGGUUCAAGACAUUGACUUCAUAGUCACAGCAUCAAGUCUGACAUUUAGAAAAUAUCAAAAACUACACCAAGGGUAUGACAUAGGGGAUAGCAGAAAUGAAGUUCCCUGUAUUGUUUGUUGCUAGGACAGUGAUAAAAUGUGUUAUUUACUGCUUCCAGGUACAAAACAGGCUAUUUUGUGUCGGCUGCUCUUUCAAAUGACACCGUUUGAAUUAUUAUGUUAGCAUAUUUCCGCUCUAAGUGUCAAGUGAUUGCAUUUUGAUUUACAAACAACAAAAACAGAGGUCUUUGAUUGUGUUUGUCUCUCUUUCGCUGUUACUGUAUGUACUCUUUUUUUUCUGGGCUCAGUCAGUUUUCCUCUUUGCUUUGCCCUCCUAUGCCACAUGUCGUUGUUGAGACUACUGCUGUGCGUAUCUUGUCAGGUGUUGGAUAUUAUUUAUGACCUUGUCUUGUGUCUCGACUGUGAAACGCCUGAUAAAACAUCUAUAUCUGCCACAAAUACAAAAUCUGUGGGCUCUCUUCUUCACCUGCCUCCAAAUCAGUGUGUGUGUGUAAAAAAGGUAGUAGCAGGUUGUGCAUAUUUAGCUGUCUUUGUGUUUUUAUGUCCCAAAA